ACAGCCCCACACAGAAGCACACACAAUUAUAGAGAGAGAGAGGGGUAAAGAUUUCUAGAAAGAGAAAGAAGAAGAUGGAUAGAGGUGCUGAUUCUUCCUCCACUACUACUACUACAUCUGCUUCAAGUGCUAAUAAUAAUGGCGGAACGGAUGCUAUAUUGAAGAAUCUUAGCAAGAUUUCUCAUAAGAUUUCUAAGCCUGUUCGGAGGCCACCGGUGUACGAGAAUCAGAGCCUUCUCAGUUCUCAGAUUAUUAAUGAUGUCGCGCCGCCGCAGCCUGCGGCUGCGCCGCAGCAGCCGCCGGUUUAUAAUAUAAAUAAAAGUGAUUUUCGCGAUGUGGUUCAGAAGCUCACCGGAUCUCCGGCGCAUGAGAGGAUGGCUACGCCGUCGCCCAUUCACCAGCCGAAGCCGCCGAGUUCGCGGCUGCAGAGGAUUCGCCCGCCGCCGCUCGCGCAAAUCGGAAACCGACCGCCGCCGUUGAUGAACGUUGCCGGCGGGCCUCUUCCUCCUCUUCAGCCGCUCCCCACCAAUCAGAUUCUGGGCGGUGGAGGGUUUAUCGGCGAUCAGCGCCCCUUUUCCGGCGUUCAAGCUCAGCCGCCGUCUCCCUUGCCGCCGUUUCCGGCGGUUCAUGGGGCGGCGGAGUCUCCGAUUUCCGCCUACAUGAGAUUCCUCCGCGGCUCCGUCUCCGGCGCCGCCAUAGAUUCCGAUCCCAAGCGAUUCUCCUCCGGUCUCUCCCCGCUCGCUCCUCUCGAUUCCCCGCGGUGGACCGGCCCUGCUCCGCCGCCGCCGCAGCUGCAGAACAUUCCUCCACAGCCAUCAUUUCCGGCGUUGCCGUCAUCCCCACUCCCCUUCGGGUGCUUGCCGUCGCCGAGGUCUUCUUACCCGCUGCUCUCUCCGUCCGGUCAACUAGGGUUCCAGCAGCUACCCCUUUCGCCGACAGUUCCAGUCCCCAGCCCAACCUGGAAGGGCAUUUGAGUAAUUUCACCUCAGUACAAACAAAAUCCCCAAAAAGGUAAGAACUUUAAUUAGGGUCUUGAAAAAAAUUCAAUCUUUUUCACAAUGGGUAUAUCGUAUAUGGUAUAUUAGCUUGAAACAUGUACAUUUGGUGAGAUGAAUCCAAAUAUUACCAAUCUGAAAAUAGGUGGUUCUUUUGUAAAUGGAUGUUAAGGACAGUGAAAAACAACCUUGUAUUCCUUCUUCUCAGUCAAACAUUUGUUUCUUAGUGGAAUAGUAUUGUCAUGGAUAUUUUGGGAGAAAAAGACCUGAUUUUUGAUCUGUUUGAUUGUAACAUGUGUCAGAGCUUCAAUUA